AUGCGGCUGGCACGGCCUUUGCGCGUGGCUUUGAUCGGGGACAGCUGGGUCACGGACCUUUAUCAGAAGAGCGAUGGGAAUCGGGUGCGCAAGUCCCACACUGCUUGGGCCAUGGAGGCGAGUUUGCGACAGCGACUGGGGCAGGGUGUACAGGUGGACUUCAUUUUCGCAGGAUUCCCAGGCACAAGGUCGAGGGCGCUGCUUUCAAUGUGCUGGCUCUGCCGGCUUAGGGACAUGGCCAAACUGGCGAGACUGGGCUAUUCCUGGAAGUACGACCCAGCAAAAGCCUUGAAAGAGCAGCGCCUCCUGUCACUCUCUGAGCAGCCACAGGACGAGGCAUGGCCAGAAGCUGACCAGACUUGCCACCAAGUGAACGAGACUCUGAAAGGGAGCAGCUGCAUCGACCUCGAUGGCUUCUUGCAAUCCUUGAGUCCUCAGCAUUGGCGUGAUGAGCACCAUCUUGCGGACAGCGGCUACAAGCUCCUGGGGCAGAAGCUUGCCGGUGCCGUGCAGGAGCGCUUCUGCUCUCCGCCGACCUUCAUUCCCAGACGCUGUCCGUACCUGCUCCACGUGGAGGAAGUCGGCGAGCGCACCUUUGUGGGAAACCUGGUCGCAGGUACCUAUGCAAAGCAGUGGUACGAACACCACGGCAAGCCCAUCUACUGGAAGAAAGUGGUCACAGAGCCGGAGGUUUGCCUCUUCUUCUGGGACGAUCGCAAUGAUCGGGGGGGCGUCUCCUGGCAGGGUUGGUGGCUGGGGCGCCUCGGCCACGCGAAUACGGCUGUCGUGGAGCAUCCAGGUUGGGCCUUUUGCCCCGGUGACUCCACGGAACCGCCGAAAAGCGGAUGGAUCGAGGUGCGCUCCGACAGUGCUCUGCGGCUCCGCAUCUGGGACACACAGCCGCCACAGCCACUCUGCCAGGACUCCCAGCAGAACCAAUGGCCCUCGCAGCAGGGCCCCUUGACCUGGGGUGAGACCAACAGCUUGACCACCACGGCCUUCGUGGACCGCCUGGCUGUGGGAGGCACUUUCUGCUUCAAAGUCGCGGCUCUGAACUUCGUCACGGAGACGAAUGCGCUGGAUGACCAACAGCCCCGCCUGAGUGACGCUGCCUGCGGGCACGUGGCACAACCACCGGAUCCACCAGGUGCCAUCUACUUCGCGUACCCAGCUCUGGGCGACGUCAUCGUGGACUUCCCCCCCUCCCUGGAGAACGGCGGCAUUGCAGUGGACCUCUACGAGAUCUCCAUGAACCAAGCAGCCGGGGGCUGGACAGUAGUGGCGACCAAUGCUGCUGGCGAUUUCUCGACGCUGGUGCAAGGUUGCACACAAGGUGCGGACCUGGUCUUCCGGAUCCGUGCGCGCAACGCCGUCGGAUGGGGCAAGUACGGCAGCGAGGUCAGCACCGUGUGUGCCACCGAGCCCGCCAAGAUGGCCACGCCCACGCGGGCCACGUCCACGCGAACGUCCAUCACCCUGGCGUGGGUGGCGCCUGAUAGCAUGGGAUCGGCCAUCACCGCCUACCGGCUCUACCAGGCCCUGGAUGGAGCUGCCUACAGCCUCAUCUACGAGGGCUUUACCUUGUCCUACGAGUCCACUGGUCUCAUGACCGGCUCCACGUACCACUUCCAGGUGUCGGCGGUGAACAAUGCCGGAGAAAGCCCACGCUCGGACACGGCCACGAUGUUAGCGGCUGGACUCCCUGGUAAGCCGACGGCCGUGACCUUCACGCACGACUCCCGCACGCAGACUGUAGUGAGCUGGACAGCACCGUCCGACGACGGCGGGUCCCCCAUCAUCCGCUACGAGGUUUGGUAUCGCGAUGGCCUCGAUGCGGGCCCGAUUGACAAGCUUGCAUGGAGUGGCACAGGCACGAAGUCAGACGUCAUCACCUUCCUGACUGGCGCAUCCCUACAGAUCGAAGUGGCGGUCGUGAACACCAUGGCAGAGUCCCACUCGCUCCCCGGUACCCGCAGCGACACCUCGAUCUACUACUCUGCCACCUACCCGACGGCACCUGUGAACCUGGCGCUGGCAGCUUCGACGCUGAUCUCCGUGACCGUGUCCUGGGACCCGCCCAGCGACACUGGAGGAAUGCCCAUUCUGGGUUACAAGGUGUUCAUGGACGAUGCUCUUGGUGGGCCCAUGGUAGAGGAAUACUCUGGCACAGCGCAAGUCUUCCAGAAGGUCGGCUUGGCCAGCGGGUAUACCUACAAAGCGGAGGUGAAGGCCUUUACAGCAAAGGGCGAAGGCACCGCGGCUGCUAUCGAAGUGGCCCCCUGCAACGAGCCAGGUGCCGUUGGCAACCUUCGCGUGCUGCAGCGGUCAGGCACCCUGGUCCAACUCGGCUGGGAGCCUCCAACGGAGACAGGAGCAUGCCCGAUUUUGGGCUACAUUGUCUUGGCCGGCACCUCCGUGGCGACCAUGGCCAAGGUGGGCUCGACCACCUCCGUGCUGCAGACCACCUUCAACUACGUGCCUUCCGCGGCGGACGUGGCUCUCGUCUUCCGGGUCAUCGCCGACAACUUCAAGACCCAGGUCUCCGCUUCCUUCACCGGUGCCAGCUCCGACAUCUCGGUGAUUGCGGCGGCCUCUCCGGCGGCACCCACGAAUCUGGUGCGCACGGGCGGCUCGCACAGCACCGUGGCGCUGUCCUGGACGGCCCCGACCGACGACGGAGGGUCUCCGAUCACCAAGUAUUACGUCAGGAGGAACGAUGGGGUGGGUGGCACCACCUACGUUGAUGCCACAAACGGAGCCGAGCCGACCAGCACCACCUUCACCGUCACCGGCUUGACCCUUGGGUACUACUACCUCAUCCAGGUGGCGGCUGCAAACCGAGCCCUGGACACGAACGCCUUGACGGACCUUGUGCCCAACUAUGUAGAGGCCGGCUUCUACGCCGCGGCGGCUCCGGAUCCGCCGGGCGCUCCGACCGUGGUGGCCUCCACGCGCACGAACACUGGGCUGCAGGUCUCCUGGACGGCGCCGGUCAGCUCGGGUGGUAUUCCCGUGCUUGGAUACAAGCUCUACAGGGACAAUGGUGCCAACGACCCUAUCGACAUCCUGCUGUGGAACGGCUAUGGCCAACCGGACGUCUUGUCCUUCACCGUCACGGGACUUUCAGGCGGCCUCUUGUAUCGCUUCGCUGCCACGGCUCUGAACUCCGCCGGCGAGUCCCUGCAGUCGGACAUCACCGUGGUGGCCGGUGGCACCGAGCCUUCCCAGAUGAACGCUCUGGUGCGCGAUGCCACCGUGAACCGCACGGCCACGUCCGUAGCGCUGUCCUGGACUGCUCCCACAAACAAUGGAGGCUCUCCUGUGACAGGAUACAUCGUGUCCUAUGACGACGGUGAUUACACUGACUUCACAAGCAACAGGACCUACAGCAGUAUCACCUUCUCAGACAUCAUUGACGGGCUGCCCGAGGGCAAGUUCAUCCGCUUCGUGGUCUACGCGGAAAAUGCCAUUGGCCUCUCAGAGGCAAGCCCGGUCUACCGGACGCAGGUCUGCGCGCUGCCGGAUCCCGUGGACAGCUUCACCGCCUCCGAUCACACGGACAACUCCGUGAAGCUGACCUGGGUGCCGCCCUCCAACACAGGCUGCACCGGCUCGCUGAUCACUGGCUACAAGGUCUACAUGCGACAGGGUGGCAACCCUUACAACCUGGUUCACGACGGCGGGCCGGCGGUCCUCACCCAUUUGCAGCAGGGGCUCGCUGCAGGGCUGACGUACGGCUUCAUGGUCUACGUUUGCCAGGUGGACAACUGUGAUGUUGGCUUCCCCGACGGUGGCCUCGAGGUGGUCGCCGGCAACUCGCCGACCUUCCCCUCGAAUCCCUUCACUCUGGUCUCCGCGCAGCAGACCGUGAUCGAGCUUUCCUGGGGCUCGCCUUCGGGGGCACGGCGCCUCGCUGCGGCCGUGGCGCCCAGGCGGCGGCUCACCGGGCUGCCCGUUCUGGAGUACCAGAUCUUCUCCGACAACGGACAGGGCGUUGGGGGCAGUCUCACGAACUCCAUCUAUGUCGGCUCGGCAACCUCCUUUCGGGCGGACACCCUGAACAGAGGCGUCACCUACCGCUUCCAGAUCCGGGCCCGCAAUGCCAACGGCUGGGGACCUCUCAGCGGGAUCAUGUCCUUUGCGGCCUCCGAGGCCCCUGGCGUGCCGCGCAACCUGAGGUACCUGUCCUCGACGACAACCUCUGUUAAGGUGGUCUGGGAUGUCCCAACUGCCGUGCACAACGACGAGUCGCCCAUCACUCGCUAUGAGGUGCUGUGGAACGACCAGACAACCAUGUCAGCCACGCAGAUGCUGACAACGUCACCGGGCUUCAAGGAGGUGAGCCCUCCUGGCCCGCUCACGACCGGGAACACCAUCCGCUUCGAGGUGCGCGCCUGCAACAUCAACGAAUGCGGCGCCUACUCCUCGAGGCUGGAUCUGGUGAUCGGAGGCCUGCCAGAGGCCCCGUCAGCGCCCUUCAUGGUCUCGUCCACCGGAACGGAACUGACCUUGGGCUGGGACUACGUGGGCAAGGACAACGGCGGCGUGCCUCUGGCACAUUACAACGUGAAAGUCUCCUCGGACGGUGGCAGCACCUACACCGCUGCAGGCAGUACGGCAGAUGCCUCGGUGUUCACGUUCACCUACACCUGCGGUGCCAGCCAGCUGUUCUUCUUCAAGGUAUCAGCUGUCAACGGUGUUGGUACUGGUGAGGGUGCCGAUUCCGACCCCGUGGGUCUCUACUGCGUUCCGCCUCCCGAUACGCCAACGGCACCUGGCCUGACCAGCACGGCCUCCACCUUGACGAUCGCUCUGUAUCAGCCAACAGCGGGGCAGCUCAACAACGCGCAGCACACCGGGUGGCGCAUUUUGGUGGAUGAUGUCAAUGAUGCGGACAACAUCUACGACGAACUGGAGGUAGCUGACACGACGAUUCUGUCCUACACCAUCACCACGGGCAUCACCACCGGGCACUACUACCGAGCGAAGCUGAAGCUCUGCUCAGUCGCGCACUGCAGCGCCGAGUCGGACGUUGGCGGCCCCGUCGUUGCAGCCUCGCCGCCCGAUGCUCCUGCGCCAGUCUACGUUCUCUCGUCAACAAGCAACAGCAUCACCUUCACUUGGGAGUUUCCUGGGUCCAAUGGCGGAGCUGUCAUCGAAGGCUGGUACAUCUACGUUUCCAGCGAUGGGGAAACUUGGCCCGACGUCUCGAACCCUGACGACGGGAUCGCGGAUGUAAACAACCGGGAGUUCUACCUCGGUUGUGGAAACUGGUCGGCCAGCAACAUGAUGCUCUACGUGAAGGUAGCUGCCUACAGCCAGGCCGGAACAGGCGCCCUCUCUGACACGCUGCAAUACCGAUGCUCGCCGCCGCCGGCCACUCCGGCCGCGCCCACACUGGUGGAUUCCAAUGCUGACAACAUCACCAUCGCCUGGACGGUGCCGACCAGCACGGACUUGGCCCAGUCUCUGCACCUGGGUACCAAGGUGCAGUACGACGAUGGUGCCGCCGGACCCUACACGACCGUCUCGCUCACGGACACGUUGCAGGUGCAGUACACGCUAACGGGGCUGUCUGCAGGCUUGACGUACAGGUUCCGUAUCCAGACGGUUUCGGAAACCGGGACCAGCGAGGCCUCCACGGCCUUGUCCGUCGUGGCGGCCUCCGUGCCGGAUGCUCCCGUGGUCUCGAUCGUCUCGACGUCGGAUACCACGCUGGAGUACUCGGCAGUGCUGUCGGGCUCUACAGGUGGGUCGCCCAUUACGGAGUGGCGGGUUUACAUCUCCAUCGACGGCGUCACGUACGCGAUCAAUCCCAACAUCCCCACGGCCACCUUGGCCGCGGCCUUCACGAGCUACUCCUUCGACUGCGUGAACACUUUCCCCGGAGAUUACAGUCAGCAGUACAUCUGGCUCAUCAUGUCCGCCGUGAGCAACGCCGGGGAGGGCGCCUUCUCCACCCCUCUGCAGCAGCGCUGCUCUGCCGUCCCGGGCACCCCAGCGGCUCCGGGGCUGGUCUCCUCCUCGGCGAACGCCAUCACCCUCAGCUUCGACACCAACGGACUGAGCGGGGCCUUCCUGACGGGCUUCAAGAUCUACACGGACGAUGGCAACGGUGGGCCUUGGUCCAUGGACCUCGUGACGGACACCACGCAGAGGACCUUCACGAAGUCGGGGCUCAACGCCGGGUUGAACUAUCGCUUCAAGGUGGAGGUGGUCUCCGAAGUCGGCACCAGCGCUUCCUCGCCUGUGGCCACCUACGUCUCAGCCGCCGUCCCCGAUGCACCGAACUCACUGUCGGCAACCUCCACCAACAGCGACAUUGACUUGACCUGGGUGGCAGGUGGUGAUGGCGGUUCGGCCAUCACUCGCUGGCACGUCUUCACCUCCAAGGACGGAGCCACUUGGUCGGCGCUCGACAGUCCACAGUACACGAUCAUCACCCCCACCACAACGACUCAAACCGUCGACUGCACGGAUACCUUCAAAUGGGGAGGCUCCGAUGUGUCACAAACCUACGUGUACUUGAGGGUGUCGGCUGUCAACGGAGCGGGCAUCGGAACUGCGUCCAACUCGUUCCGAUGGCGCUGCUCCGCCAAGCCGGGAACGCCUGCAAUCCCUGCCAAGGUGAGUGGCACCACCAACACCAUGACGAUCUCGUUCGCCCCCAACGGCUUGAACGAAGCAGUGCUCUAUGGGUACAAGCUGUAUUACGACGACGGCUUAAGCGGCCCCUACACGGAGGUCUACGUGAGCUCGGGGGCCACGUCGCAGUACACCUUCACGGGCCUGACGCCUGCAUUGCCGUACCGCUUCUACCUGAAGGUGGUCUCCGAGGUGGGGGACAGCGAUGCAUCGCCGGUGCUCACGGCCGUUGCGGGUGCCGAUGCCGAUGCGCCCUCGGCACCUUACUACGUCUCUUCCCAGAACAACAACGAACUCACCGUUGGCUGGACCUUCUCAGGAUCGGACGGCGGCUCGUCGAUCACUAACUGGAACAUCUACUACGCCCUGGGCUUUGCAGCUUCGAACUGGCCUGCAGCCAGCUCGCCGGAUGCGACGACGACCGUGGGCACGGAGCAGGUUGUGGUGGAUUGCACCAGCAUCAGUGGCCAAGAUCGGUCCCAGAACUUUGUGUACAUCCGGGUUGCAGCAGUGACCGGUGUGGGCGUUGGCCAGUACUCUCCCAUCAGCCGCCUGUUCUGCGCGAACAAGCCCGCUGCACCAACGGUGACCAACGGCUAUUCUGGCUCUUCGAACGCGGUGACGGUGAACUUCGCAGAGGGUUCGCUGAAUGGUGCUGAGCUCUUGGCCUUCAAGAUCUACAUGGAUGACGGUCUCGGCGGCGCUGUGGCCCUGCGUGACACGGUUGCGGACACGUCUUCGCGGUCCUACACCGCAACGGGUCUGACCGCGAAUUCCGUGUACGUCGUGCAGGUCAGUGUGGUGACCACCACGGCCGAGUCGGAUCUCUCCACAGCUUUGACACUGCGAUCCUGCCCACUGCCGGACACCCCAACUGCACCCUCCCGAAAAGCUUCGACUGCGACCACGAUCACGCUGGAGUGGACGGCGCCGGCUGACAAUGGCUGCCCAAUCACAGGGUAUCGUGUCUACAUCGACACAAACCUGGAUGGUACAUCAGACGGUGAGAUCUAUCCAGGAGUUGGCGAUGACACGGAUCCUUUGGACACAAAUCUGGUUGCAAACGUGGUGGAGUACCAGCACACAGGCCUCUCAUCUGGGACGCUCUAUGCCUUCCGGGUGCGUGCCUACAACAGCGGCGGGUUCGUCGAGAGCAAUUGGGUCUCCAUCAAGGCAGCAGGCGAGCCUGCUCAAAUGUCACCACCGACUCAGGAUGCAAGCACCGGCAGCGCCACCAGCAUCGUCCUGGUCUACAGCGUGCCCAGCAUGGAAGGCGGCAAUGCAGUUGGCUUCAAGGUCUACCGCAACAACGGCGGCGCCACGGCCAUGAAUGGCUCACCGGAUUCGACCUGCAACAGGGACACGGUUCCUGCACCGCAGACCUGCACAUUGACUGGCCUCAGCUCUGGGGACACGUAUGCCGUGCAGAUGCUGGCCAUCAACGACGUUGGGGAAGGAGCGCUCUCGACGGUUGCCACCCUCUUCGCUGCCGCGAUCCCUGCGCAGAUCACAAACCUCGUGAACACAGCGGGCGCACUCACGCCAUCCCUCAGCUUCACUUGGACGGCCCCCUCGGAUAACGGGGCUUUCAUCUACAACUACUUGGGUGAGAUGAGGGACGUCGCCGCCGACACGACGCAGGCCUGGGACGCCGGAGGCACCAGCGGCUCGCCCCAGACAUCGACCACUUGGACCCUCACGGGCUUGAACUUGGCUGCGACGAAGCAGUUCCAGUUCCGCGUGCGGGCGGUCAACAAAAUGGGCAGCGGCACCUGGUCCAGCUGGUCGUCGCUCACCGACCCUCCACGUGGCUACUGCUUGAAUGCCCCCAACACGCCUGCGAACUUCGGAAGGCAUUCGGGUGUCACGGCCGUCAGCGGUGAGAUCUCAAUCAGUUGGGAUCCUUUGCUGACGGAUGCUGAAGCUGGAGGAGACAACGUGGACAACAUCAUCUAUGAGGUUUAUGCAGGAACCUCAACUGGAAGCAUGACGAAGCAGACGACAGUGAACGACUACGACACGAACUUUACUCUGGCAGUGUCGGCAGGCACCACUUACUACUUCCAAGUUCGUGCCGUGAACGUGGCUGGCGUCGGCUCUUCCUGGGCCGGGCCGAUCGAGCUGGUGAGCGCAGAGGUUCCUGGCGAGCCGACGCUCCUCUCUUGCACAAGCACGGUGUCGGAACAGGUCGACAUCUCCUGGACGCCCAACGCAUUCAACGGCAACUCCAUGGUCACUCAUUACAUCGUCAGCGAAGACAACUUCACCAACUCCACAGAGCAGAUGGCACAGGUCAGCAACACCAUUACCACAUACAGCUUCACGGGUCAAGACCCAAGUGGCCCUAUUCACUAUGGUGUCCGAUCGGUCAAUUCCGUCGGCGAAAGCUCCGAAGCGAUGUGUACUGUGACACCCAUCGCAUAG